UGAAGAUGAAUUCGACAUUACUUUACAAGACCAAGAAAAAUUUAUGCGCGAGAACCAAGUAACCGCCGAAAAUAAAGAAAAAAUGAUGCAGUGUCAUUUUGGCACGCUCGAAUCCCGUAGAAAAUGGAUCCUCGAGAAGAAACCUACCGUGACAGACAUUCUGACAAGGUUUCCCAGAUUCACAUCACUAAAGGGAGCGGUUGAUUGUGACCUGAAAUUUGUGGAAGGGUGGCGAACAGAGGAAUUUACCGAAAGGUGGAAAAAAAUUGAAAAAUCUUUGGCAGUGGAGCUAUUGAAAAAACACGGAGAAUCUUUGGGGCCGUUUGCAGAGCUCACCAUGGAUCUAGUAGAUUCUUAUGAAAAUUCACUGCUCGGACUUGAUACGGCCAACGACAGGAAACUUAUAAUAUUUUCAUCUCUUCCAAUUCUUUUUCCACCUCGCCCGUCUAGGGCCUCGAAAGGGUUUACACUUCCGAAUCUGAAAAAUAUUUCCCAAAUCUUUGUUCGUCGGUUCCCGGUUGGAACAAAUUUAUCAGAAGCCUUGCAACGGUGUGAGACCAAUGGAAUGAUCCAACCCGGAUUAAUUGUUAUUGGAAAUCGCCGUUACAUAAAAGCGGAUCUCAUCCCAAUCAAAAUUAAUACUCCAUCGGCUGCUGAAUCUAUUGCAAUUUUGUUUGCUGUAUAUCAUAUAUUCAAUUUAAUUUUUCCCGACAACCUCAACCUGGUGUAUAUUUUUUUGCAAAAUAUGAUGGAGCAUGGGAGGGAAAAAGAGGCUUUACCCAACAACAAAAAAAAGAAAACAUGUAAAUCUUUGGUUGUCAACGAUUUUUCAUUGAAAAUUCUACAACUUUUGAAGCCGGAAUAAAACUCGGAAAAAAAAAUACAACUACUUUUUCUCCUA